AUGGAAGAUAUACUUUACGACUGGAAGAAACUUUCAUUGACAGACGAGGAAGAUGUGAAGCUUAGUCUAUCGAAAUCCAAAAACUUACGAAGCAAGGAGUAUGUUUUGGCUGCCAAGUUCCUUACCAAGAGAGCCCUUAAUGUGGAAGCAAUAGGCCGCACGUUUAAACCUCUGUGGAGAGCCAAAAAGGACUUCAAGGUGCGCGAAGCGGGCGACCAUCUACUCUUGUUCGUAUUUGAACUCAAAUCUGAUGCAGAACGGGUCCUUGCUAAUGAACCAUGGACGUUUGAUAAACAUGCUGUCUUGUUACAGAGAUUUGAUGGGUCUAUACCGUCAAGGUACUUGAGGUUCACCAAACUGAAAUUUUGGGUGCAAAUACAUGGUUUGCCGAUGUGUUUACUGGACUCUGAGAUGGCAAUUGAGUUGGGAGAAACACUUGGACAAGUAUCUCCGUGUGAGAAUCUCAGCGAGUUGGUGGGAAGGGAGUUUUUACGUGUCCAUGUAGAAAUUGAUAUCUCAAAGCCUCUCUGCCGGGGUCGACGGAUUACACUGGACGCAGAGGAAGAAAUCUGGGUUUCUUUUAAAUAUGAGAAACUACCCAAUUUCUGUAACUGGUGUGGUAUGAUUUCUCAUGAUGGAAAAGAUUGCGAGACCUGGUUAGCAAGGAAGGAUUCAGCAAACAUAGAACCUUAUGAAUAUGGACCAUGGCUAAGAGCUGCACCAUAUAACCCGGGAAGAACUCCAUUCAUCGUGGUUGCUAGUUUGGGCGAUGGUCUGGGAGGCGCUACAAAACACUCUCAACCUGCAACCACCGAGAAGCCAUCUGCGACGACGGCUAAGACAAGAGGAGAAAAUCUGGAAUGA